UCUCGUUCAAUUCUUGGCAGAUUACUUUAAUGUCUAUAAUGGUGCAAUUCCAAUGCGUAAUAAACCAAUUCGAACAGUGUUUUUUCUAGUCCAUCCUAGUCCUACUGGAGAUGAGAAGAGGAUUGCACCAGACCUUUGCAUAUCACCGAAUGAACCUUACGUUCCAAACCCUACUGUUCCCCAUCCGGGUCCUCCUCCAAGCAAUUCGAAUGGUAAGUCGCAUGCCAGGAUCGUGGUUGAAAUUGCUAAUUGUCAAUCUACCGAGUUUUUGAAGUCGAAAUGCAAACUAUGGAUGCGACAGGAUUAUGUCCGCUAUGUGCUCGGAAUCAA